AUGGAUUCUGUAACAAAGAAAACGAGGCAGGAUGGAUCAGAAGUUACUGAAAGACUUAUUACAGAGACAGUAACCACAAGACUGACGUCCUUACCACCCAAAGGAGGGAGCAGCAGUGGACUCAAAACAUCAUCUCACACUGGAGGGAGCGGAGUGGAAAAGAGGUCUUACACCCAUAGCAGCAGCUAUGUAACUUCAAGUGGAAGUGGUAGAUUGAAUUCAUCAUCAUCGUCCUCCGGCUACAGACAAACCCAGUCUCCCAGCUCUACUCUCACCAAAUCACCUGGUUCAACAUUUGAAAGAAAAACCUAUGUCAACCGCCAUGCAACAUACGAAGGGAGCUCCAGUGCCAAUUCUUCUCCUGAGUUCCCCAGAAAAGAGUUUGCAUCUGCCACCACUAGAGGGAGAAGCCAAAGUCGAGAGAGUGAAAUACGAGUCCGACUGCAGAGUGCAUCUCCCUCUGGCAGAUGGACAGAGUUGGAUGAUGUGAAACGUCUGCUGAAAGGAAGUCGAUCAGCCAGCUGCAGCCCUACUCGAUCACCGUCAAGUACGCUCCCGAUACCAAAAAAGGCUGUGGUGGAGACAAAGCUGGUUACUGAGAGCUCUCAGUCAGUGUCGGGGACAUAUGAUACAACCAUACUGAAUACUGCGCUCCCUUCAUACAUGUGGUCCUCCACUCUGCCUGCUGGGUCUUCCCUUGGCGGAUACCAUAACAGCUCUUCCUUGAUCAAUGCUAUGUCUCAGUCUACAGGAUCAGUUUUUGGUGUUCCAAAUAACCUGGCUCCCAGCAAUCCCACUCUGAACGCAGGCCUGAGCACUUCCUCUACAGUGUUUGGAGUUCAAAACAACCUGUCUCCAAGCUCUUCGACCCUGACCCAGAAUGCUACUGCAGCCUCCGCAGCAUAUGGGGUGAAAAACACUUCUCAGAGCAACACCAUGACAAGUACUGGUGUGUCUGCCUCAGCAGGGGGAACCGUUCUGAGCUCCCAGGGAGAUGACAUUCUGCGUAAAGACUGCAAGUUCCUGCUGCUGGAGAAGGAGAACGCCCCAGCAAAGAAGGAGAUGGAGCUCUUGAUCAUGACAAAGGACAGUGGCAAAGUCUUUAGUGCCUCUACCACUGGGCUUAAUGGAGGAUCCUUUGUAGAAGACACCUUGAAGAAAGAGAAGCAGGGAUUUUCCUCCUCUUAUGCUACAGAUACUGGCCUAAAAUCAGAUGCAAAUGGAGGGCUGAAAUCUGUGCCAACAAGGGAUAAAGCAACUUAUGCAGAAAUACGAAAUGGUGAUGCAAUGGGUGCAAUUGGAUCAGCACCAUCCUGGUGUCCCUGUGGCUCCUGCUGUAGCUGGUGGAAAUGGCUCCUGGGUUUGCUUCUGGCCUCGUUGCUUCUCCUUGGAUUGCUUUUUGGACUCAUCGCUCUGGCGGAAGAAGUGAGAAAGCUGAAAUCUCGUGUGGAAAACCUGGAAAAAAUGAAUGGCGACUUCCUGGCAAUUAACCAUGGGAAUUCGAAAAUAGAGAAGGAUGUUUCAAGAGUAGACUUUCUUCAUGGUAUUUCACCCUCCUCAACCUUCCCUUAUGAAAAUGAAGAGUCAGUUUGGUUGAUGGUGAAGAGCAGACUGAACAAGGAAAUAGAACGAGGCUACUUCCGAGGGGAGAGAGGAGAACCUGGUGAGAAAGGUGACAUGGGAAUGCAAGGUCCCAGAGGAGAGCGAGGACUUCCUGGUGUACCAGGCAUUCCUGGUCCAAUUGGGCACCAAGGGCCAGAAGGACCAAAAGGACAGAAAGGCAGCAUGGGUGAUCCUGGCAUGGAAGGUCCCAUGGGACAAAGAGGUCGAGAAGGGCUACCAGGGCCUCGAGGGGAGCCUGGACCACCUGGUUUUGGAGAAAAAGGAGACAGAGGUGCUGUUGGUGAGCCAGGUCCUCCAGGGCCACCUGGUCCCCCAGGUUCUGCUGGCCUGAAAGGUCUGAUGGGUUCUCCAGGCCCACAAGGUCUUCCAGGUCCUCCUGGCUUACAAGGAUUUAGAGGAGAAGCAGGUCUCCCAGGUGCUAAAGGUGAGAAAGGAGCCAUUGGAGCCCCUGGACCCAAAGGUGAUCAGGGUGAGAAAGGUUCUCGUGGAAUGACAGGUGAACCAGGUUUUACGGGAAUGCCAGGAGCCCAAGGCCCUCCCGGACCCCCCGGAGAUGCAGGACAGCCAGGUCUCACAGGACCCCAAGGACCACCAGGACUUCAAGGCAACCCAGGCCGACCAGGGCCUAAAGGAGAACCUGGAGCUCCAGGAAAAGUCAUAAGUGCUGAGGGUUCGUCCACUAUUGCCCUGCCAGGCCCACCAGGUCCCCCAGGCCCAGCUGGCCCCACUGGACCCCCAGGCGUUCCAGGUCCGGUUGGACCAGCUGGUCUCCCUGGACAGCAAGGUCCACGGGGUGAGAAGGGAUCCCCAGGUGAAACAGUGAUAGAAACAAUCAAAACAGAAGUCUCAUCAUUAGCAUCUCAAAUGCUGGCAGAUUUACAAGGGCGAGCAGGACCACCAGGUCCCCCCGGACCACCAGGUGAAUCUGUGCAGGGACCCCCUGGACCUCGUGGCCCCCCAGGAUUGCCAGGACCUCCAGGCCCACCAGGGAGACCAGGAUCUUCCAUGUCCACCUCAGAAACAUUCUUCACAGGCCCACCAGGUCCACCAGGCCCACCAGGCCCACCAGGCCCAAAGGGAGACCAAGGCGAGCGAGGUCUGCGAGGAUUCACGGGAGAACCAGGAGAGCCUGGCCUUUCAGCAUUCUCCUCCCACGGUGACAGAGUCACCAUGCAGGGACCUCCAGGAGUUCCAGGCCCGCCAGGCCCACCUGGACCCAAAGGUGAUGCAGGUGUCCCAGGCGCUCCUGGCAUCCCAGGAGCAUCUCGAGGUGGAUCCAGACAAAUUCAGGGACCCCCAGGACCUCCUGGGCCACCUGGUCCUCCUGGCCCAGGUGGAAGUUCAUCUCAGGAGAUUCAGCAGUAUGUCACUGACUACCUGAAAAGUGACAACGUAAGGCAUUAUUUGACUGGUGCCCAAGGCCCACCAGGCCCUCCAGGCCCACCUGGAGUCAUCACCACUGCGGAUGGGACGAACUUGGAUUAUGGGGAGCUGGCUACCCGUGUUAUGAGCUAUAUGACAAGCUCUUCAGAUCGCUAUCAGUCAUUUGCCAGUUCCGUAUCAAGUACAUCCAUUUUGUACCAAGAACUUCUGGACAUGCUGCAGAGAGAAGAAAUUCGUCAGUAUCUAAUUGGACCUCGGGGCCCACCAGGACCUCCUGGACCAGGGGGAGAUGGCAUGUCUCUGUCACUGGAUUAUGAUGAGCUGACCAGACGGUUUAUCAGCUACUUGACAAGUUCUGGGAUGAGCAUUGGGCUCCCUGGACCACCUGGGCCUCCAGGGACCCCUGGUAUAUCUUACAGUGACCUGACAGCAUACCUGCGAAACUCUGAAUUCAGUGGUCUUGUUGGGCCCCCUGGUCCUGCAGGGCCCCCAGGACCUCCAGGGAUCCCCGGAUCACCUGGCACCUCUCUGGAGGACAUCUCUGCUUAUCUACAAAGUGUGGGAUACUCCUCCUUCUCUGGAGUCCAGGGCCCACCUGGCCCUCCUGGCCCUCCAGGACCACCAGGCUUCUCAGGAACUGGCCUCUUGUCCUAUGCUGACAUCACUCACAGUGACGAGUUCAGAAGCGAGCUGAUCCAGUACCUGAAGAGUGAUGAAGUUCGAAGCUACAUCUCGGGGCCGCCUGGGCCCCCUGGGCCACGGGGACCACCAGGACCCAAAGGAGAUAGUGGCUUGGUGGCUGGGUCUAUGUCUUCAUCAUACCAAGGGUUACGGACUUCUGAGCGGUUGCAUGGAGGAUCCCUCGGUGCUGAGGGCUCCCAUGGGGGAUCGCUGGGCACAGGCAGCUCAUAUGGCAGCUCCAUGAGCAGCAUGUCAUCCUACAGUGCCUCAGUGGGCAGCGAUGGCUCUUACGAUGCCCCCAUAGGCAGUGAUGGGUCUUUUGAUGCCUUGCUGACAGAGGAGGAAUCACACAGAUCAGCAGCUUCAGGCAGAACCUACAGCAACUCCUUCUCUGGUUCCCUGGAUUACAACGAGCUGGCACUCCGUGUGUCAGAGAACCUACAGAGCCGAGGUAUUCUCCAGGACCUGAUGUCUUACACUGCACAGGGACCCACAGGUCCCCCAGGCCCUCCUGGUCCACCUGGCAUCAGCAGGGUUUUUGCAGCCUAUGGCAAUGUCACCGAGGACCUCAUGGACUUCUUUAGAACAUAUGGUACCAUCCAGGGGCCACCCGGUGAAAAGGGGGAGAGGGGUUAUCCUGGACCCAAAGGUGACCCUGGACCAAUGGGCCCGCCAGGACGCCACGGGCACAGGGGACCAAAAGGAGAGAAAGGCGAAAAAGGUGAACAAGUGUAUGUUGGCAGAAGAAAAAGAAGAAGUGUUGGGGUUUAA